UCCACUACCUGUUUAUGGCAUUUUUCAACAACCAAUUGAGAAGCAACAGAGGAGUCAGCUGUGAUAUGUGUUACCCUUCUGAACUCAAACAUACAGGAGAUAGUAGAGAGAACUAACUUCUGCAAUUAGGCUAAAGAAGCAUUUUUAGAAAACUGGAACCCUUGUAAGAAAGAUGGAGAAUCCAUUAGUUUUAGUUCCCCAACGAAAUAAUUCUGCUUCAAAGGAAAAGACCUAUUACAAUGUCAUAAAAUCAACAAAUAAAGAAGAGACCAACAAAGAAACCAAGACCAGGGUUAAGGAAAAGAGAAAUAGGCUGAGCCUUCUCCUGCAGAAGACUGAAUUCCAUGAAAAUGACCAUCUUGACAAACCUGAGACUUUGACACAAGUUUCAAGUGUGUCCCCUGAAGACGUAGUGAAAUGGGGUGAAUCUUUUGACAAACUGCUUUCCCAGAAAGCUGGACAAGAAGCAUUUGUAAGGUUUCUGAAAACUGAGUUCAGCGAGGAGAACAUUGAGUUUUGGAUAGCCUGUGAGAAUUACAAGAAAAGCAAAGACUCUCGUGAACUUCUUUCACAAGCUAAGAAAAUUUAUGAAAUAUUCAUACGAAAAGAGGCUCCAAAAGAGGUUAACCUUGAUUUUCACACCAAAGAAAUCACAAGUCAGAACAUUGCACACCCCACUCUUAGUAGCUUUGAUGCAGCUCAGGCCACAGUGUACAGGCUGAUGGAGCAAGACAGUUACCCACGCUUCCUGAGGUCUGCUGCUUAUUCAGAUCUGCUUAAGGGGAUGCAUGGCAACCAUCCUGCUCCUAGAAGACGAUCACGCUCUUUUACUUUCAAUGAAUUCCAGGACGUGCAAUCAGACUUCACCAUCUGGCUAUAAAGAAACUUAACCUACUUAGCCUCUAAGUACUGUAGCAAAUAAUAAUAUACAACAUCUUAAGACCAAAUCUUUUUGAUGAUGUAACUCUGCUUUGCUCUACUUAUUUAAGUGGAGUUACUUCUAUUCAUUCCAGCUAAGGAUCUGGCUCAGAAAGCUGUAUAGUGAUUAGUUUCACUUAAUAUAAAAAGAUGUGCAGCAUAUUGGCAAGAUGUGUUAAACAUGAAGUAUUCAUAUAGUAUAUUGUAUCUUUUAAGUCUCAGCUGGGAGAAACUAUUAAUCACUCUUUAUAAAAUGAUAUAGAGCAGUGAGAGCUUUAACUCUACGUGGUGAAGACCCUGGACCUGUAAUAUUUAGAAUGCACAGUCACCAUCAGUCUAUUUACAAAUCAUUUGCACAUAAUUAAUGUUGUUGCAAUAUUUCUUACACUAAGCAGAAAAUAGUUGUGGUACUCUUUCAUACAGAAAACACACAGAGACAUUAAUUAGGUGGAAAGUUAAAUUAUAAUGAUUUUUAACUACAGUUGGAAAUCUCCAUAUUCUAGGAGACACAUUGGGCAAGGCUUAUUUAAUUUUAUAGUGAUACAUACUAUAUUUUCUUAUUACAUAUAUUUUCAUAUCCUCUAUUUAAAUUAAUCUGUGUUGUUAAGCUUUGUGAUAAACUAUUUUAUUAUAUUAUUUCUAGUUAAAUGAAUAGUAAUGGGAUAAGAAUAUGCAAUUUAGAAUGUUCUAUCUAAUUAAAUAAUGUGAUUAAUAUUCUAA